AUGGCACGCACUUGUCGCUGCCAUGAGUACAAACGAAUGAACAUUGCGAACAAGAUCACAUGCGAUGAUAUAGCAUUUGAUCUACGCACACAAGACCAGGCAGUUAUAAGCCGAGCAGCACUCCGUAACGUCUUCAAUGUCUUCCUUGCCAAUAUUUCUGUUCUGCGAGCCUGUGCAACACAUUUGACACCAAAAUCAUUUCCGUUCUGUGCCUCAUAUGUAUGCUUUCCACAUAAUGUAAUCAAGGAAUAUUUACCAGGAUCACCUCAUCAACUCUGUGUGAGCAAUGCUGCAUCGACUGACGCUCUUGGAAAUAAAGGGAAGGCAAAGAGGAAGCAUUGGCACAUGCGAUUUUCGAAACUACGCGGCUUCAAAAAUAUUGCGAAUCACCGCGCGUUUGACUGCAGAAUGUGGAUGUACGAAUUCGGGGUGCAGUCGGAUUUUGAAUGUGUGGAGUUCAUCACAACGGUGCCCAGCUUUUGGCUCCGAUAA